UAGGCCGCCCUUCCCCAUCUUUCCAAAUUUCUUUUCUUCCUUAUCCCACUCACAUACACAUUAUAUUUCCUGCAUUUUCUGGCAUUUCGCAUCACACACUACUAUUUUUGCUGUUUGUCACUUUGCAACAAUCAGCCCCACACCAUCCAUUACUCAUCACCCACAUCUCCAUUCUUAUAGCACUCUUUGCAUCCACACCAUCCACACCACUACUCUAAUAAUGGCCAGUAUCGCUAGCAUGCUUAUCGACGGGACCUCUGCCUCCAGCACCCGCGGCUCUCCGUCCUUCUCUCGCGGCUCUACGCCUGCCAGCCUCUAUGGCAGCGAGGUCGACCUUGCCAUGGCCGGCAGCACCGGCUCUUCGCCGGUUCUGUCGUCGACGAUGCCCACCCAUCACCACCCCUACGGCCACCGGAUGACGUCGCCCGACGCAUCUUCGGCCGCACUGGUCUCAGCCAACCGGCGCCGCAAGAUCCUUACCUCCCGUCCCCCCAACUCAUUCAUUCUCUACCGGUCUGACAAGCUGCGCGAGCUCAUCCAGAAGUACCCCGAGCUCAAGCAGACAGACAUCAGCAAGAUGUGCGCUGAGAACUGGAAGAACGAGACCCCCGAGGUCAAGGACCACUACCGCCAAAAGCAGCAGGAGGCCAAGACCAAGUUCCUGUCCGAGCAGGCUAUUGAAGUACAGAAGCUCAGCGGCAACACGGACAAGGCUGCUAUCAAGAAGAUCCAGCCAACCAACACCUUCAUCCGUUACCGCACGGAGAUGAAGAAGAAGCUGGCGAAGCAGUUUGCCCAGAUGAACCAGAAGGACGUUUCACGCGCCUGCGGUCUCAUGUGGAGAAGCGAGCCCGAGCACGUCAAGAUGCGCUACCGCCAGUCGUACAACCAGGAGAAGCGCGACUUCGAGCGCCUCUGCAUGACCUCUGCCAUGGAGCCCUCGGCGGAAGCCCGCGCCGUCCUGGCGUCGGUUCUUGCCCAGGGCUCUGGCGCUGCGCCCGUCUCGGUGCCUGCGCCUCACCCGAUUGUCACCACAAACUUGCGCGAGCAGCAGCGCCGCAUCUCGGACUGCACCGUCGGCGGCUCGUUCUCUGCCCCAGUCUCGCCACCCCAGCCUGCGCCCGCCUUCCUGAUGCCGCGCGAGGCCCGGGCCUCCACCGAGAGCCCGCGUCUGCACAAUGCCACCGUCCACUCCGCCCCGUACAAUGCCGAGCGCGUCUCGCUGCCCUCAUGCGCCGAGCUGCUCAGCAUGGCCAACCAGUCCAUGGCCCGGGAUCCCCGCGUGCGCAAGAUCUCGGCUCCCCUGCCUCCCCCCUCGCACUUUGCCCAUGGUAGCCGCUCUGCCCCCCACCCUGCCCACAGCUACGAUUCGUGGCAAAUGCGCCAUGUGAACCACAGCGAUGGCUACUACCAGUCGGUGCCCCACCCGUACAUGCACUAAGAAGGGACUGUGGUUCGCAGCCCU